UUUUUUGCUUCAGAACCAGCCCAGCUUUCUGCCCUCUGGCCCACUACAGUAUGGAGACACCUUCAUGCAGUCUGCUGAAUAUAGACCGCACUACAUGCACUUUCCUCCCGGGAUAUUCUCCCUCCCAUCAUCAAUUGAAAAUGUGGCUUAUAAGAAAAAUACUUCUCCAUCUGAAGUUGAAUGUAUGAUUGAGCUGAGCAAGGCACCACCUGGAACAGGGGUUAGCCCAAUGCUUCUAGGAAGAGACCAGAGUGAAGCAUGCGGCAAAGUCAUGGGAGCAUUAUUACAGAAGCAAAGUGGAGAGGUGGAACCAGAUGCUUUAUUGUCUAUUCCCGAGCUGCCAACUAAUGCCCAAGGAUACAGUUACUUCAGUCAUCUUCCCAAGACCUUACCUUCACCUCCAAGUGCAGUGUGUAGCGAUGAAGGAUAUGCAUCAUCUCGGGCAGCCAAUCUCCAAACCCCAGAAGAUGACAUGGAAGAUGUAUGGGAAGCUGUACUUAAAGGUCCACCUUUGACUUCUCGUCGUACAUGGGAGACCCUGGAUCACGUUCCUUUGAGCAAAGAAAAAUUAUUCUUGUCUGAAGCAGGACCAGAUUCAUCUCACAAGUAAUGUGACUCUUUAUAUAACUAGUGAAAAUUAUUGU